UCCGGCUGGGAGUGUGUGUGCAGCAUAGAGGAUGAGCGGUCAGCCAUGGGAAGCAGGUGAGUGUGGCUCUACCAGGCACAUUGUAGGCGGGGCUUGCGUGCAAAGGGCGGAGCCUCCUGUAGGGCAGCGCUGAACCCACAGAUGCCUCCUUGCGAUUUAAAGUUCCUGCUUCUGUUGGGAGAACUGGCCUGUCUGCAACAGGCGGGAAGGCAGGGACGGACUGUGGAUGGUGGGAGCCGAUGUAAAACUCUCUCAUUGCCCAGCUGGGAAUAGGAGAAAGCCUCUCAGACAUUUUGAACCCGGAGAAAGGGCAGCGGAGGAUGUUCUCUCUUGUGACCCUUACCUGGCAGUUUGGAGCUGACAGUCUGUUGGGAUAUCAGUUCUCUGCGAAGCUGCUUCUUGCCUGGAGGUGGGAGAGUAGGAGGCGCUGAGAUCUACCCGUAGAAUUUGGUCGAUUCCAUCGCACCCGAUAAACCCUGCUUCUAAUUCUGCCCCAGUCAGUUUCUCCGCAGCGGCUGUUUCUUGCGGCGGCUCCAUGCACGAUUUUGGCUGAAAUCAUGUCUGCUGGUCUGGGACUGGCGAUCCGCGAUGGCCCGGUGCUGGCCCGGUACUAUCCUGUUCUCUUCUAAGGCUCCGCGGAAACUUGUGUUCCUUUUCACCCUGUCCCUUUCUGUCACUUACCUGUUCUACAGCCUGCUCAACUGCUACAGCUCCUUACAGUUCCCGCUGCAGGACGCCAGCGACUUCUUGCAGGCAGAACCUGGAAUCAGCCCUACGGGCACCAUACGGUCCGCCUCCCUGAAGCCCGACACCUUUAGCCGCCCGGUCCCUUCUCUCCCUGCAGCCAGGGACCCCCACCCAGCCAGGGACCCCCACCCAGCCAGGGACACCCACCCAGCCCCUGCCAGGGCAGCAGAAGGGAAGGGUAUUACCGGCAGCACUGCUCCCCAGAGCAACCAAACCGGCACAAAUCGCAGCAGCAAGCAGCGCUCCCCUGAGCAGCCGGGGAUUAGCGUCAGUAGCGCUGAUCAGAACCAGAGAACGUUUUUAGAAAGUGAUCAGAAAAUCAGCACCGUCCUCAGGACUUCCAGAAAUGUGAAGUCUUCUCACGUAUUAUCCCUUCCUACACAAACAGAGAGAGACAACCCAAGCGCCUCUUCAUUGCAAUUUGCCCCAGGUUUCCAGAGUGGCAACUCCAACAUCCAGCCAACUUCAGGAUUUCCCUCGUCCCCGAAUCUGGAGGCUGGCCAUUCCGAUUCCGAUUCCGUUCCGCACACCUCGUUAGAGAAAUUCAGCUUCUCCGAGAGGAGCCCCAUUCACCCUGUAGCAGAGAAAUCCAGCACCCUGGACAGCGACCCCAUUCAUUCUACAGGGAAAUUCAGCACCUUGGACAGCGACCCCAUUGCUUCAGCUGGAGGGGGAGUCGUGGGCUCAGCGGAUCGGGGAGCUUCGGGCAGGGCGACCCCCAACACUUCGGACAGUGUCAGCGAUCAGCAGAAAAGCAGCAGGAUCCCCUCUCACUCAGCAGCGCAGGAUUUAGAGAUACACAAAGUACAAACGGCAAAGGGAAUUCCUGGAGAUAACGUAGCGCUAACAGCCGGUUUUUCUGCCAUACACGCCUCGGUAAGAAAGGCUAGCAUCUCCGGCUCCACUGAGCAGAAAAGUAGCAUUUUGAGUGGAGUCCUUAUUCCCCAAAACAUUUCAGGCAGUGUCCCUUUCUACUCCACUGGAACAGAAACAACCUUAGGAAGCAACCAUACCAUUCCUACUGCUCAAACAUCCGACACAUGGGAUAGAACUACAAACUCAACCAGCUACGAUUCCCCUGCACAAUCCAGCGCUUUCCCUGCUGAUAAUCAGUUAGACAGUUCCAAUGUUCUGAGAUCAGAAAGUGCAAAUAGUAGAAGCCACUUUCCUCAGUUGUUUGAUACAAAAUCAGAAGGCCCAAAAAGGACUUCUGAAACCAGCACUUCUCCAGUCUUAUUGGGUUCAAGCAUCCCAGAAAGCCCUUCUGGGUCCAAUUUAUUUCCAAAAGGGUUUGGCAAGUCAGAAAGUGAAUCAUUGCCCAUAACAGAGACACUAUAUGCUGCAGACUACAAUCAGAAGGACACCACUAAAUCUACCACUUGGGAAACAACGUCCAGUUCAGAAGAGACUUUAGGAUCUCCUGAUCUUGAGGGGGAUGAGGCAUACAAGUCUAUGCGAGGUCUUUCCUACUGGGACAGAACCCCAUUGGCAGUUACAGAAAUGAUCCCCGAAUCUCACACUGGGGCUUUGGAGAAGGAAACUCAGGAAUCCAGCACAGCAGAGGAGGAGCUCAACCGCAGAUUCCCUGUCAAUAGCACCCCUGAGUAUGGGGAGAAGAAAUUGCCCCAAGCAAUCAUUAUAGGGGUGAAAAAAGGGGGCACCAGGGCUUUACUUGAAGCUCUCCGAGCUCACCCAGACGUCAGGGCAGUUGGUGUCGAGCCCCAUUUCUUUGAUAGGAACUAUGAGAAAGGAUUGGAGUGGUAUCGAGAUUUGAUGCCAAGGACAAUAGAUGGACAAAUAACAAUGGAGAAAACUCCAAGCUAUUUUGUUACUAAUGAGGCACCACAGCGCAUCCACUCCAUGGCCAAAGACACCAAACUGAUCGUGGUGGUAAGGAAUCCGGUUACACGUGCCAUAUCCGAUUACACACAAACGCUGUCUAAGAAACCCGAAAUUCCAACCUUUGAGGUCCUUGCCUUCAAAAACAGGACCUUGGGACUGAUUGAUGCUUCUUGGAGUGCACUGAGGAUUGGAAUCUAUGCCCUACAUCUGGAAAGCUGGAUGCAGUAUUUCCCUCUUUCCCAAAUUCUGUUUGUAAGUGGAGAACGUCUCAUCACCAACCCAGCCGAGGAGCUGGCCAAAGUGCAAGACUUCUUGGGGCUAAGACGAAUUAUAACAGAAAAACAUUUCUAUUUCAAUAAAACAAAAGGCUUCCCCUGUCUGAAGAAACCUGAGGAUACUGGUGCUCCCAGGUGCUUGGGGAAGUCCAAGGGUCGAACUCAUCCUAAAAUUGACCCUGACGUCAUUCAACGCCUAAGGAAAUUUUACAAACCUUUCAAUUCUAUGUUUUACCAAAUGACAGGGGAAGAUUUUCAGUGGGAGAAAGAGGAGCUGGAAAGCUAGACCAAUGGAUAAAAAGACUUGUUUAUGGACACUGUAUCACUAAUGUACAGAAAAUUCUUGCCAACAAAUUAUAUAUAUAUAAAAAUUGCUUAAAAAAAAAGAAAAAAAUCUAGUUUCUAUAAAGUUAACACUGUUAUUGGGUUAUCUUAAGGGAUAAUUUCACCAGUCACUUGUGUAAUUAGUGCAAAAGGGUUUUUAAUGGAAAGCACAAAGUAUUAAACCCAUAUAAAAUAAAGAUAUGGCUGGAGAAGAGGCUCUUACACCGCAGUACAUGGUCAUAGAAAACCAUAGAACACACUACAAGACAUUUUUUUUUUCCUUUUUCUUUCCUUUUUUUUUUACAUAAUAAACACACAGAGCACUAAUUGGUUAUAUUUUUAUAUUCUUGUAGCUCCAUUGUCACUUUUCAUUAGAGAGUACAAUAUAUAUUUAGAGGAUAAAAUAAUAGGUCAGUGAAAAGGUUAGCCACCUAUUUAUAUAUAUGUAAUGCCGGAAGGUUUAUUUUGAUUUAGAAAAGGAUUGUAUAAGAAAAUAAUUUCGCUGCGGACACAUCCGUGUAUGAUUUAUUGUUAUAAUCCAGAGUUUCUAUUUAAGUCACUUUUCAGGUUCCACCAAGAGUGGAAUAUAUGAAUGUUUCUAAGGAAAUAAUCUCAAAAGCUCAACUUGUAAAAGGGGAAUUACCAUUGGUUUGUUUACAGGACCAAUAACACAAAAAAAUGAAAAAGUCCCAAAUGCAUUUACACAUAAUGCCAAUGAAAUAACUAAAAUGGGGCAUCAU